AAAGACAGGAGCUCUUAAUGGGAACAAGACAAACGAAACAUACCGCGAGUUUGCGAUUUUGCGGCCGGAAAUCUGCUCCCUGACCCGCGAAAUUUUUCAUUUUUGUGGCAGUUAUGAACCGUCCAACAGUUACCAAUGUUUUCCCUUACCGCCGUAAAGCAUUUUGCAGUGGUUCUGCUUUUGUUUGAGAGUACUCAAAGCCAAGAUAUUCAAGGACGGGUCAAUUUAGGGUCAGAUCCAAGCUCGACGAUCUCGGAGUCCUUCCUUUUCAAUGUAAACAUUAAUUCUGGGACGUUGCCGCUUUAUUUCGAUCUCUACAAUGUGACAGAUGACAGCUCGGCCACGGGGGAUGCAUUUGACGAAGAUGUGGUUGUGACGUGUAGCAUAAUAACCGCUUUCACGGAUGGGGAUUCUGAGAUUCAGUUCACCAACACAGGCACCGUGCCGCUCAGAAAUGGAGACACAACGGGAACAGUGUCAUUUGACAUCACAUCCCAGGGGCGACGUAUCGAGGUGCAGUGCAGUGGGGAGACUGCUGCCGCUCCACCAGGCACGACGUCGUAUUUCAGCCUAGGCACGUCGGCCGGACAAACUGGGUUUGUGACAAUCAAGAAAGACCCUGUAGUGAGUCUGUGUAGUGAUCAGAUCCUGGUUCCCAACGCUGAUGGAAUAACUACAGGACAAGUGACCCUAAAGCUCAGUGAACCAGUGGAGACAUCAAAUGUUACAGGAAUAUGUCAGGUUACCGGUGUGCAACCAGGUGAAGCCCCCUGGUUAGAAUUUGAGGCUGUUCGGAUUUUAAGUGGUGAAGACAGUGCUGUGAUGGUAUACCGCAUCACGGGAACCGGUAGCACAUUGCAGGUCAGGUGCUCGGCGGAAUCUGACGACGGAGUCCAAUUUCAGACGGCGUUAUCGGAGACUGGAGACAUCCUCUUCGACUUCGAAUCCGGUUCCGUCCAGAUGUUUCCGGCUUUUUCUGUAGUCACCGGGGACAGGUUCACACCCAUCUUGGCACUCUCAGACCCCCUGCGGACCGGCGAAGCCGACGUCACGUUUUUCUGCCAAUUGACGCCACUCAACACGACAGACGAAGCCCAGGAUAUCAUUGACCAGGGAGAGUGCGUGGCACCGGUGGACGGGGUACCAGGAACAACUGAUAAUGCAACAACCGACCAAAUGGACAUUAUAACAAAUGCGACCUUAUUACCCAACACCACUUCUCCGGGAACGGCGUCGCCCGCACCUACCGCGCCCAUUCCUGCCACGUCUGCACCUGCCACGCCUGCAACUGCCACGCCCGCAACUGCCACGCCCAUACCCACCACACCCGACCCAAUCACAACUGAAUCUCCCACCUUUGUCCCCCUUCCUACCAACGUACCUUCACCAGCCAACGACACGGCCACGUGGGUCCUGGCCCAGCCGCAGAUCGUGUUCCAAGAGGGCGACGCGGCGAAAGUGUUGGACAUCCAACUGCGUAACGCCGGGAGGGGUUUCCAGGGCGGCUUGCUGGUGCGAUGCUGCUCCACGCCCGAUCUGAACACCAGCCCCAAGUACACGGACUUGUCUAGCUCAGUCGUAGCCAGGAUGGAAGUGGCUGCGGCUAGGUCUGUCAACUGGACCAGUGCUACAGUGUCCGCAGAUUUGCAGACAGAAACGCCCAUCACCAACCCAGCAUACACGGAAGUCUCCCCCUGCCCAUGUGACCUGACGACCAAUCGCUGUGACACCAAUUGCUGCUGUGAUCCGCUCUGUACAGAAGAUGACAUCCUUGCUUUCAGCUGUAUUUCUGGGAUACCCGGUGGCAAUUUUACCAAACAGCAUGCUUAUAAUUGCUCUAACGAGGAUAUCUACCGACCGGACUAUUUCCCAUUCCUCUGUGUGCAAACGGACAAUAGCCCUUUCCUAGGCCUGUACUACACCGCGAGGUCUGGUGCGCGGGAUGCCGCAGGUUAUAACACCCUCAAAGCCACGCCUUCAGACAUUCAGGGUACGACAAGCUUUGAAGAUACCCAGCAACGUUCGUUGGACUUCCAGAACGCCGGUAGCGGUGGCUACAAGUUUGGAUUCCCUGUUCAGACACUCUUCGAGACGAACACGAGAGGUUUUCUUGCUUUGCCCGAGGCGGAUCCCAGUGGAGGUUGUUCAUGGUUGUCACCGAUCCAGUUCCAAGUUGACGCCGCUUCCCGGUGCGACGUGAAUCCAGUUCAGGGUCUUUGCACAGAAUCGUCAGUGCUGAGUGCCCGCGCAUACGCCCUGUCGACCAAUAUGGGUUACCCCCCGUGCCCGAAUGCACCAAAUGUUCUGGCGAAUUACGGAGGAAGUGUCGCGACUCCGACAACUGUGCGAUAUCACUGUACAGAUGACAUCAACCCAUACGUUGUCCCAAGCACAGGGGUUAGCGAACUCUUCCCUCCAACUGGGGAAUCUUUCUUUCCCGACAAUAACGGUAGCAGUACCGUCCCGCUACCUGCCCGCUGUGCCUGGGAUGAUGGUUACACCCUUCCACCAAUCCCCGAUUACGAUGAAGCGACAUACCUCUGCAGCAGCGCAGUCCUUGAUGUCCGCUAUGAGCUUUUCUGGCGUGGUAACCAAAUCGUCCAAUUAGACUCGGUCGUCAUCAUAGGAACUGUGGCCCUUUCACCAGACAGCUCCUUUAACUCAACCGACGAGAACGAACAACCAAUUUUUGUAACCCCGCCCCCAACCGAGCCUCCUACCACACCCACCCUGCCCGACAGCACAACAGAAGUGACAAUGAAUGCAACAGAUACUGAUCUGAUUACUGUUUACGAAAACUACACCGGACCAACGCAACAGACAACAACCUCAAUCCAGACGACUGCUACACAAACGACUGAAUCUCCAACGACUGAAUCUCCUACAACGGAAUCUCCAACAACCAAUGCGCCGACAUCACAAGGCCAGACGACUACCGAUACACCAACAACCCAAUCAGACAUGACCACGGACUCGGGCAUCGUGACAACAGACUCCCCCAUCAACAGCACCAACCAAACCAACACCACUCUACCCUUCACCCAGCGUUUCGCCGUCACGUUUAUUCACCUCCCGACGCCCCUCACUGACCCCGCCCCUGUUGAUCCACCGGAAGUCGGCACCCAAGAAACUCUUUCAGGGAAUCCCGGCUAUAUCACCGGCGAGCGGGUCUUCUCGGGUCUUGCUGUCUACGACCCGCUGGUUGAGUGCAAUGACACGGGUGAUUGCGCACCUGUGGAUCCUCCUCAGCCUGGUGACUUUGUCCGUAUCGAUGAUGCAGAGGUUAACAGACUGAGAGUCUGGGUACCAGGUCCAGGGAGUCUGUGCUCCCAAUCCAGCCUGGCCGAUGUCACGUUUGGCGAGGACCACACCUCUGGUUGCAUACUCAGGCUAGGCUGGACCCGCCUCAGCAACUGCACUACGCUACGGGAGGCCAUGCUGGCCGAGCUGCAGUCCACGGUGGCAGCAGACAGGAUCGGCAAGGUCGGCAACGCAAACACUUCAAUUGAAAACAACUGGGCCCCCAUUUUCAACUCUGAGGAAGAUAUCAUCCCAACUGAACCUCCACCGACGACAGUUGCCCCGACGACAGUUGAUAUGACAACAAAUGAGCAGACAACACCGGAGUUCUUCAACGAGACGCAGUCCAGUCCCAUGGACCUCCUGCAGGGAUUGUGCUACGAGGUACCGACAGCAGUCAACAUUGAGAUCCUGUACGCUAAAGCUGGCGAAUACGGCUCGGUCAUCCAACGCGAGAUCUUGGCAGCAUACGUAACAUACACCAGGUCUACCGUUAAGCUGAAUUGCAUUGGAGCCGAUGGUUUUGCCUGUCAUCUGGAUCAAACCUCCAACGAAACCACAGACUGGGUCCAGUCCUUUCCAGUUGCCAGCACUGUCACCUUUAUCCUUACUGAGCGUCAAAGCGCGAGACGCUGUGACUAUGACCAGUGUGACGAGGAGAUGCUGUUUCUGCUGUCGCUGCGUUUCCAGGGGGACUCGCGGACGUACACGGUUGCCAUGUUAAUGAUUGUUGUCUUGCUCACCAUAGCGUAUUUUGCCAUUACUAAACCUUGGUCGUUUAUCAUCUAACCAAAAGCCAAAAUGCUUACAAUACAAGCCAAAAAUUGUCUGAGUUGAGUUAAGACCUCCAAUUUAAAACUUAGCAUCUAUUCUUAGGGAUUCCAAUGGCAAAUUUCAUGAAAAUCAUCUUGUCUAACUGGAGGCAAUGCAACCAUCGUUUUUGGUUUAACAAUGACCUUGAUCUUUGCCUCAUGACAUUUGCCAUGUUGCCCCUUCAUCGGUAGGAUACUUUAAUAGGCUUACACUAGCUAUGCACCUACCAAGUUUCAUGACAAUACAUUAUGUCUACCGUAAUUUUCGGAAUAUAAGCUACGUGGAGUAUAAGCCGCAGCACGCAAAAAUCUGC